AUUGUAUUAUCGUAUAUUCGUGAGGUUGUGGUAGAUGUCGAAGAGAUGAGCCGCUGCUCAGGUGGAUGGAUUGCUAGGAAUGACAUUAUUGGGUAGAAGAUGUUAGAAAUAAUAAAUAAACUAAACAAUUUAGUUUAUUCAUUUAUUAUUCAUUUAUUAUAUCCCAAAAUAAGGCUCAAAGUUUUCAUCCUUCGAUGACGCGGCUUACAUCUCCCUAAGGUUCAAUCACCAUCGAAAUGUCGAAAGAGGACGCACUCAAAGAAUACCGUCAGAAGAUAAAGGAACAUGAGCAAUUGAGCGAGAGACUGAGAAAUAUACGUAAGAAUAUAAAAGAUAUGGACUCGUCCUUCGAACAGACGGAGGAGGACAUGAAAUCGCUUCAGUCUGUCGGACAGAUCAUCGGUGAAGUCCUCAAGCAGCUCGAUUCAGAGAGAUUCAUCGUCAAGGCCAGUUCCGGUCCUCGCUAUGUCGUACACGCUAGACCAACAAUCAACCAAGCAAACCUUAAGCAGGGCGUUAGAGUUUCUUUGGACAUGACUACACUCACUAUUAUGAGGAUAUUGCCUAGAGAAGUCGACCCUCUGGUCUACAACAUGUCCAUGGAGAACCCAGGAGAGGCUUCAUUCGCCGGUAUCGGUGGUUUGACCGAGCAGAUCAGGGAAUUGAGAGAAGUCAUCGAAUUACCAUUAAAUAACCCAGAGCUCUUCGCCAGAGUAGGUAUCAGACCACCAAAAGGUGUGCUCCUCUACGGUCCACCAGGUACUGGUAAAACGCUCAUCGCUAGAGCAUGUGCUGCAACCCUCCAGACAAACUUCUUAAAGGUCGUUUCAUCCGCCAUCGUAGAUAAGUUCAUUGGUGAAUCUGCUAGAGUUAUUAGAGAAAUGUUCGGAUACGCAAAGGAACACGAACCAUGCAUUAUCUUCAUGGAUGAGAUAGAUGCUAUCGGUGGUAGGAGAUUCAGUGAAGGUACAUCCGCAGAUAGAGAAAUACAGAGAACUUUGAUGGAAUUACUUAACCAACUCGACGGUUUCGAUCAUUUAGGUAAAACAAAGGUCAUCAUGGCCACUAACAGACCGGACACACUCGAUCCUGCUCUUAUGCGUCCAGGUCGUCUAGACAGAAAAAUCUUUAUUCCAUUACCAAAUGCAACAGGUAGAACCGAAAUUCUUAAAAUUCACGCAAAAGAUAUCAACAAAGAUGGUGAAAUUGACUUUGAAUCAGUCGCAAAAUUAUGUGAAAACUUCAACGGUGCUGAUUUACGUAACGUUUGUACCGAAGCAGGUAUGGUUGCUAUUCGUGAUGAGAGAGACUUUGUUAGGCAAGACGAUUUCGCCAAAGCAGCUCGUAAAUUGCAGGAUAACAAGAAGCACGAGACUCCACUUGAUUAUAGUAAUGUGUAAUUUGAUAUCAAUCUAUUGUAAAUGCAUGAUUAUAAACUUAAAAAAAAUAAAUUAUAUUCAACCUAGUUUGAAAAUUGUUA